GCAACAAGACCCUACCCUACACUCUAGCCACAGUGGGUUACAUUUUGAUAAAGACAAACAGCAUUUCGUCAUCUUCCAUUAAACACUUUCCUCUCUCUCAGUAUCUCUCUCUCUCUCAUUCUAUCGGACACACUCUCACUCACAAAUAGUAGCCACCUUGCAAUCUGUUACUGAGGAUAAUAGGCCACUCCACCUCACAACCAAGCAACGCUAAGCAAUCUUUCAUUUAUUGACUGUGCUUUUAUAGAGCUACCAUCCCAAAAAAUCAACUCUUGUGUCACACAAUGGCCAUGGCAUGACUUGGCAAGUGUUAUUCUGAAACCAAAUAAAAAGAAAAAAGAAAAAAAUGGAGACAGAUAGAGAGAGACCCCAUCGCAGCACAAGUAGCAAUAGCAGUAGCACAAGCGAGUUGUUUGUUUGCUUCACUUCCCGUUUGUCCUCUUCAUCCAUGAAGCUCUCUUCUAAGUCCAUUCUCAGCCCAAGCCGCAGCAGAGACCCUCCUCAGAUUUCCCUCUCUUCUUCCGUCAGCAGGAGGCUCAAGAGCAAUGGCAGCAUGAAGGGAGGCCAAGCCUCUCCCAUGUUCCCAACUGCUGGCAAGAGAAGAGGGUGUGGCUUUGAGAACCCUGAACCUUCUUCUCCCAAAGUCACUUGCAUUGGCCAGGUGAGGGUCAAGACCAAGAAGCAAGGGAAGAAGAUAAGGGCAAGGUCUAAGAGGAGAGGAGAGGCUAGCUUUAGGAAGGGUGAACAAGGUGGUGCAAAUGCCAAUGGAAAUGCAAAUCCUAAUGCAGAUCUAACUAGACAAAACAGCCAAGGGUUUCAGCAUCACCAGAACUGCUUGAAGCAUCGGAAUCAGAGAUGGGUGCAUCUCCCCUUGACAAUAUGUGAGGCCUUGAGAGAGUUCAGCUGCUUCUUUCCUUGCAGGUCUUCUUGCAUGUCAAGUGAGAAGGAGAAGGAAAAGGGUGGUGGAGUGGAAGGAGGAGGACUUGUGAGAGAGGGUUCGUGUGGGAAUGGACUUGGAAGGUGGCUGGUGGCUUUGCAGGAUGGGGAUGGGAAGGGAAGGGGGAUUGAGUUAGUGAUGGAGGAAGAAAUGGAGGAUGGAAGAGAGAGAGGUGAGAGGAGCCGCAGCCAGAGGAGGCAUGUGUUUGAGGACAUUGAUGUUGAUUUGGUGGUUGGAGAGGAAGAAGAGAAGAAGAAUGAUGAGGUGGUGGGAGAGGAAGAAGAGAAAGCAAGAGUUAGCAUAUGUAUUCCUCCCAAAAAUGCUCUUUUAUUGAUGAGAUGCAGAUCUGAUCCAGUCAAAAUGGCAGCUCUGGCUAACCGUUUUUGGGAAUCACCUGUUCACAAAACCAAAUGUCAAGAAGAAGAAAAAGAAGGGGAAGAACAUGAUGAAGAAGACAUUGUGGAUGAAGAUGAACAAGAAGUAGAAGAUGAUGACACACAGCAACCCAUCAAAGUGAAAGAGGAUGAGCAACAAGUAGAAGUAGAAGAAGAAGAAGAAGAAGAAGUUGAAAGAGAAACCAUAGAAGAUACCAUUUGCCAAAGAGAAACAGAAACUAUGGUGGUGGUCAGUGAAGAAGAAGAAGAAGAAGCCGGGAAGGAAAGCUAUGAAGUUGAAAGCGUAGGAAACAUAGAAAGCAGAGAGUUUCAUGAAGUAAAAGAAGAGGAAGAAAAGAGUGACCAAGAAGCAAAUGAAAAUGCCAUCGAAAAAGGUGAAACUUUAACACAUUCUGAAGCUCAUUCAGAUCUCCACAACCUUAAAACCGAAGGAAAAGAGGUUAAUCUCCAAGAGGCUAUAGAAGUGAGAGAAAACAACGAAAGCUCAGAACUUUCUUCCACCCCAGAAACGUUCACAGCUUCAGAACCCACCCCAGAAACGUUCACAGCUUCAGAACCGGAAAACGACGACGGAGAGCCAGAAACGGAAGCAGUGACGACCGAAACUUCAGAAGGGUCAACGGAGGAGGAAGAAGAGAAAGUGACUACGGAGACCGAAACGCAAGAGCCGACCCGAGACCCGAAUUCGGAUCCACAGUCAAAGGAGCGAGAAAAUGGGUCAAAAUGCGAAGAUAGAGAAAGGGAAACGUUGCCGGAGUGCUUGUUACUGAUGAUGUGCGAGCCCAAGCUGUCAAUGGAGGUGUCCAAGGAAACGUGGGUUUGCAGCACCGACUUCAUACGGUGGCUACCGGAGAGACCUGCCGCCGCAGGCGGCGGCAAAAGGCUGAAUGGAGAGACCUUUACAAAGACCAAGCCGAAGCCGAAGCCUUCUCCACCGCUGAUGCAGCCGCCACGGUCGUCGUGUUCGUUCCCGGCGAUGGGCGGUGCCGCCGGAGUGUCAAUGGCGACAAUGAUUGAGCAGAAGCUGGUGGGGUCGAAAUCAGGUAAUGGGUACGAGCCGUUUGUGCUCACGCGCUGCAAGUCGGAGCCGAUGAGGUCAUCGGCUAAGCUAGCUCCGGAGGCUUGCUUUUGGAACAACAGGAAGCUUGAGCCGCAUCCACCCGCCGCUCAGCUUGGGGUCGGCGCGCCGGCUGGUGUUGGAUUUUGAUUUUCAUUUUAAUUCUCUCUUCCUGAAAACUCUCAAAUUUCUUUUUUUUUUUAAUUGACAGAAUAAUCAACUGUUGUUAUUAUUAUGUGUAGAUUACUGCUAAACUUUGGGCUGCUUUGUUAAACUAGGAUUUUGAUUAUACUCCUAUUUUGCUGUUUUUAGAAUGUAAUCCUUUGUAUAAAUAGUUUUAGUGAUGGUAUUUGUUUUGGGGUCCAUUAUUACUCGUUAGUGAAGUUAUAAUAAGAGUUUUAAUUUACCUGUGCAGUGUUAA